UACAAUUGAUUCAGUCCUUAGUUUGAACAGAGCAUUUCCAUGCAUAGCAAGUCGGGCAUUAUCAUACCAAGGGGGAACGACUCAAAAAUUUCGGCACAUUUAUGGCCCAGCCAUUUAACCUUUCGACACCUGGCAUCCCUGGGCCAGUUAUCGAUGCUAAAACAGCUGUUCGUAAACGAUCAUGCGCAUCGCCAAAAUUGAACGGUUAUGGCUGUUGAAACAGCUGUUCGUCCACGGUCAUGCGCACCGCCUAGAACUAACGGUUAUAGCCGUGCGCUCUGCGUAAUGGACCGCUAUUUGUUACCAGCCCUGCACAAACAUUUGUGGCGUCACACGGCAACUGCAGCAGCUCCAGGCACCGUACAACACGAACCGAGGAUACGGCGUAUCCAUACGCUCGCUCACACAUCAAACCACAAGUGGCAGCAGCAGCAAGUAAAAAAAAGUUGUACAAUUCCAACUCACUCAUCCGACAUCCGCUUUCGAGGAAGUUCAAUAUGGCGACAGCAGUAGCAGCAGCAACAACAGCAACAUCGACGCUAAUUGAGUUGUUAUUGAUGGCGUGCAAGGCCAACAGCGCAGCAAAGGAGUCAUCCGCGAACUAAGGCUCCCCUUGCACCCCCCAAAAGGAAGCACCAAACAGCAGGCAGCAGCACCAGCAAGGCCUACCCGAUAAGCAUAACGGAACACGACACUCCGCGAGCAACAGUACCCCCCCGAAACGAGAACCCAAGCAGCGGCUCGGGAGUUGUGAUAGUGUGAGAGCGGGACGGAGAGGGUGGCCGUGGCCCUACUCUCCCAGUGCAAUAUGGAGGACCUUUUUCUGCUAAUUAUCAAGGAGUCGACGGGCACCAAGCAUAACGCGUUGCGGCAGACGGCGCAAAUUGCUUACGAUAAACUGUACCGCCAGCAUGGCAUCCACCGGGAUCCGUCGCACGAGCUGCGCUCGGUCUGCUUCACGGCCCUACAGAUGGCGCUGGACACCAAGCGGCCAAAGUUCAUCACGAUGGGCCUCAACGGGCUGCAUCGCGUUAUCAAGGACGAACGUUUCUACAUUGGCCUAGAGCCCGAGGAUGAUUCCGUGUGGCUGCCAUCGCAGCUGCUGCGUGCCACAAACGGCAUCCUGCCAUCGACCAGCAGCGAGGACACCGUGGUCAAUGUGCUGCGGCUCUUCCUGGCCAUGGCCUGCUCGCCGGCCUGCACCCUCAAUGGGCGCCUGCUCAUCGAGAUACUCUCGCGCUGCGGCGAGUGCUGGGAGAUGGGCUCGCGGGCCACCAAGGCCGCCUCCUUGGCGGCUGCCUCCCAGUGCCUGCGCACCUUCUGCGCCUUCCUCAUCGAGGAGGCCGAGGAGGUGAAGAAGACGGCGCCGGCGGGCCUGAUGACACAGACACAGGCCUCGGCCGUCUACAACGAGGUGAUACCCGUGAUGCAGUGGCUCUGCAGCCGCCUGGUCGAGCCCAACGUCAACACGUCGCCCAACAAGAAGUGCGAGAACCACAGCUCCCUCUACCUGACCGAGUGCAUACUAACCCUCAGCUCGGCCCUGCCCCGCAACGUGCAUGCCAAUCCGCACUUCACAUCCUUCCUGUGGCAGAAGUUCUGCCCCACACUGGCCGCCGCCCUGGGCUCCCCGGGACGCAUCAAUCUGGACAAGAAGUUCACCUACAAAGAUGCUCUCCACAUGAUUGAGAAUGAGGCACGCGGCUUCUUUACGGGCCCUGGCCUGGACGGACCGCAGGCACGAUGCGUCUACCUGACGGCCAUACAGCUGCUGCGCAUUGCCGGCGCCCACGGCUCGCUGCGUCCGAUGCUGGAGGCGCUGUUCCAUCGCAUGCUGCUGCUGCCGGCGCCCCAGAACCGCACAGAGCCGCUGCGCUGUGUCCGGGAGAUAUUCAAGAGCCCCGAGCGGCUCAUCGAUCUGGCCGUCAUCCUGUACGUGGACAAGAACACGGCCCAAGGCUGCAGCGAUGAAAUGGCGCUCUUCAGACUCUUGGUGGACGCCAUGGAGGAGUGCGCGUAUGGGGCGAGCGGUGCUGGGGGCGGUGCCUGCACUGAGGCGAGUCUUCAGGCCAGCGUCGAGUGCAUGGUGGCCCUGCUGGACAGCCUGCAGGUGCUGUGCAGUGGCGAGCUGACCGAGUCGAUGAUCAGCGACCAGAUUGUCCAGGUGGUGAACUCGCGCCACGAUCUGCUGAAGGAUGCCGACUACUCGGGCCCGUUGACCUACCAGAGCAUGGCCCGGCUGCCGGCCCCCUAUCGGGACGCCAUUGUGGAGUUCCGGCAGAACGUGUUCGAGACAUCGUCGGGGUCGGAGAGCGACGGCGAGCCGCCGAACGAGCAGGACGGCGCCUCCAAUGGCUCGGGCGAUACGGAGGGGCCCGAGGACGAUGAGCACAGCAGCUCCAGUGACGAGACAUCGCGCGUGGAGAACCGCUGGCCCUACUCCCACCUCGAGGCGCCCGUCAUGCCCAUCCGCACGGACAGCGACAACGAUCGACAGCAUGCCCGGGACUUUGCCCGUGCCCUGAGGCAGGAUCUGGUGCCGAAGCUGCUGCGGCUGCGCAGCUGCGUCGAGCUGGACGAGGCCAUGCAGGAGUUCGCCUCGGCGGUGUGCCAGGAGAACAGCAUGAACUUCUCGGACUUUGACUACAAUCUGACGGCCAUCAAUGCGGAUGGCAUCUACCUGGCCAUCUACUCCUCGCUGCUGCUCAGCCUGCAGCUGAUGCGCGCCGGCUACUACGACCAGGCGCUGCCUGUGCCCGUGUCCGUGUCCGUGUCCGUGCCGGUGGCCGCGCCACCCAACCGCGACAUCCUGGUGCCCAUGUCCGAGCAGCAGUUCGUCACCUCCGUGCAGAACACGGGCGUGCUGGUCUACCUCUCAUCGCCGUGGCUCUGCGAGCUCUAUCAGUCGGUGACCAUGUGCAACAUCCUGGAGGCCAUGACGCGACAGCAGCUGGAGGGCACUGGGCCACGCUGCGCCCUCGUCGACAUGCUGUGCGAUGCGGGCGGCCUGGGGGCCACACAGAUGCUGUCCGAGUGGCAGCGCCUGCAGACGGCCACCCAGGUGAAGCACAGCGACGACGAGCAGCACGACAAGCGGCGGGAGGCGGCCAAGAAGCUGUGCCGCCGGCUGCUCACCUGCUGCUGGGACUCAAUGGUGAUUGUGCUCAGCUCGGGGCUGGGCGAUCUGCAGACAGCGUCUGCCUCCAACAAGCUGGUGGCCCUCUCCAAGCGCACGCUGAGGGUCAAAGCCAAGGCGAACAAGUCGAACGGCGAGGCGCUCUACGCCAUGUGCCUGGAUGGACUGCAUUCGGCGGCGACGCUCAGCAACAGCCUCAAUCUGCAGCAUUUGGCUGGCAAGAUUCUCAAUCUGUUGGCCUCGAAUGUGUGCCAGACGACGGGGCCACGGAUCAGCGCCAGCCAGGCCAUGUCCAUGGAUGUGGUGCUCACGGGUGGCCUCAAUCUGGGCAGCUACAGCGCCGACUGCUGGCCGAGCAUCUUCGCCGUGUGCCGGCACGUGAGCCAGCUGGAGCAUGAGAUAUUCAGCAUGCAGAAUCCAUCCAUAUCGGCAUCGCCGGGCAGCAGUCGCAGGGACCUGGAGACGGGCGAGAAGCUGAGCAAUGGCAAUGCCCAGGACAAGCUGAAUCUCUCCUCGAUACCCAUCGAUGAUGAUGAGACGUGCGUGGAUGUCUAUAGCUUCCUGCAGGCGCCCAUGCAGAGCCCCAACACGAACAUCACCUGCAUCCUGAAGGUCUAUUCGGGCACCAAUGAGACGGUGCUGCUGAGCCAGUGUGACACCUCCAAGGUGCUGUGCGCGCUGUCCCACCAGGCGGAGAAUCUGUUCAGCGAUGCGGCGGAGCGGCUGAGUCUGCCGUCGCUGUGCCAGUUCCUGAAGCAUCUGUGCCGCGCCUCGCGCGACCAGCUGUACAAGAGCCAGGUGGCGCGCAAGGGCACACGGAUCUGGUGGCCCAGCAAGGGCUGGAAGAAGCUCGACUCGCUGCCCAUGUCGCUGCUGCUGCACCGCAUCGGGGACGUCACGCUCAAGGUGUUCCGCAGCUCGCGGCCGCUGCUGCACGUGCUCAAGGUGUGGGCCAUCACGGGGCCGCAUCUGAUGGACGCCGCCUGCCACAGGGAUCGCAUGAUCUCGAAGCGGGCCAUCGAGUACAUACACGACAUCAUCACGGCCCUGCUGGUGGAGCAGUCGGAGCUGCCGUACUUCCACUUCAACGAGGCCCUGCUGAAGCCCUUCGAGAAUCUGCUCAGCAUGGACACGGACGUGGAUGUGCAGGACCAGAUUGUGGCCUGCCUCUACGAGGUGGUUGAGGCGCAUCGCACCGAGAUACGCUCCGGCUGGCGGCCCCUCUUCGGCACCCUGCGCAACGCCCGCAGUCGGAUGCUCAACAUGAGCAACAUCAUCGACAUCUUUCGCGUGUUCCUCGACUCGGACAACACGCUGGUGUUUGCCAAUGCCGGACUCGACUGCAUCCUCUGUCUGCUCUCGUAUCUGGAGAUCUCUGGCGGUGGCAGCAACAACAAUAACACUUGCAGCGGCACCAGCAACGGAGCGGGAGGAGGAGCAGGAGCAGCUGGUGGCGGCGGCGGCGGCGGCGAGGAGGAGAACGCGUUUAGGCCGACAGACUUUCUGCACGAAACGCUGCGCUUCCUGGAGCGCUGCUCGAGCAUUCUGGGCUUCAUGUACAGCAUGCCCAAGUGCCCGAACUUCCACUCCACCUACAAGAUCAAGGGCAUCUCGUACACGCACAUCAUCGACGCGAACAUACCCAGCUCGAUGGAGAACUUUACGUACUUCGGCAACGACUAUCUGCAGACGCGCAACGAGCAGUACAUGAUCUCGUACCGCUCGCUGCACAUCGACAAGGACACCAUUGUGAAGAUCGACGAGAUGGACAAGCCCUCGGGGGUGCUCAAGGUGUGGUUCCUGCUGCUGGACGGCCUCACCAACUCCCUCAUCGUCUGUCCGUACUCGCACCAGGCGCCCAUACUGCAGACGAUCUUCAAGCUCUUCAAGAACCUGCUGGCCACGCCGGGCAUCGACUUUGGCUUCUAUUGCAUCAACCACUUGCUGGUGCCCAUGAUCCAGGACUGGCUGCGGUACAUCAACAAGACGGGCGCCACCUGGCAGCUCAUCGAGAAGAACUUCAAGCACUGCUGCUGCAUGACCACCGAUCUGGUGGUGGAGUUCAUCGAGAAAUCGGUGCCCGAGCAGCGUCGCCUGGGCGCUGGCACCAAGACCCGCCUCGCCCAGAUUGUCCAUCCCGCCGAUAAUCUCAUCUACUCGAAGCUCAAGUUCGUCACGGAGCGAAUCGAGCAGCAGGAGCUCCCGAAUCUGAAUCUGAAUCCCACGACACAAACGGCGACAGACAGCAGAUACGACAGCAGCUCCAGCUCCGCCAGCGAGGAGCAGCAAAAGGGCGGCAGCGGCGGCGUCUCGGGUGUGGCCCCUCCCCCGGCUGGGGGCAGCAGCAGCAGCCUCAUCGAGUCACCCACCAAGAUCUCCAGCUCGGCCACGCUGGCCCUCAAGCAGCUGCUGCUGGUCCUCAUCGAAUGCGCUGCGCAGUCGCAGGAGGCGAUUGCCCGCAUCUCGGUGUCCUGCCUGAAGCACGUCAUCCUGUCGACGGGCAUGCUGUUCAACGAGUCGCAGUGGAUGAUCGCCUGCUCGGCCAUUCAUCGGGCCUGCACCGUGACCAUUGCCCCGCUGCGGCAGCUCUCGUUCGCCUUCCACGAGAAGUCGAACAGCUUCUACGGCGACUGUGCCAACGUGAAGGUGGCCGCGCGACGCGACAGCAGCCUCGAGGAGCUGGCGCGCAUCUACUCGCUGGCCCAGCAGGUUUUCCUCUCGGACAAUCAGCGGGAGCCUGGCCAGGGCCAGGGCCAGGGACCCAGUGGCGGCCCCAGUGGCGGUGCGGGCAGCGGCCAGUGCAAGCUGUCGGACGAUCGGAGCUACUCCUUCCUGCUGUAUCCGCUCAACAAUGGCUUCAACUCGAAUCUGGACAACUUUGUCAUACGGAUUCCGUUCAAGAACCUGGUGGUGGGGCUGCUGGCCAACCAGAUGCUGCUGCAGCUGGUGGCCAAGCUGCUGCUGUCGCGCCUCAAGUGCGUGCCGCAGGCGGUGUCCACGUGCAUCUUUGACAACUAUGCGGGCGCGGCGGCGACGCCCAGUCACGACUAUGACCUGGACUUUCGCUCCAAGGAGAUUCUGCUGCGCUGCGUCAAGCAGUACCUCAUGUCCGCCCUGGAGUUCGACUCGCGGCCGGGCCUCAAGUUCCUCAUGCAGAAGGUGUCCAACAUCGAGUACGCGGCCAAUCUGUACAAGCAAAUGACCUCCUCCUGGAUGAUCUACUACAUAGCCCUCGUCGACUCGCACCUCAACGACAUUGUGGUGUACAACCUGGGCCCGGAGGAUCUCAACUUCAUCCUCGAGUCGUGCUCGCGCCUGAACACCACCACCGUGAAGAAGAAGGAGAACUUCGUGCGGUAUCUGUUCUGCCUGCAGGACGCCUGGAAUCUCGUCUGUGAGCUCUACCUCAGCAACUCGGCCCUGCACGAUCUCGAGUCGGGCUCCAGCAGCAGCAGCAGCAGCAAGCGGGCAGUGCCAGAGGCACAGUCUGCCGCGGCAGCGGCAGCCAAGAAGCCGCCAAUGGCUGCACCGCCGCACCAUCCGCACCCACAUGCCCACACCCAUCCUGGCCACGUGCACCCGCAUCAAAUGGUGGGCAAACCCAUGUGCAUCUCGCUGAACGGGAAUGGCAAUGGGUCGGGCGCUGAUGCGGAGAUGACCGAAGCCGCCGGAUCGGGUGGAUCGCCCAGCAAGUGCGUGCAGCUGCAGGAGGAGGAGAACGUGACGAUGACGACGCUGAUCAGCGAGUUCCAGCCCAAGUGCCGCAACAAUCCGUUCGACACGAAUCGGCAGGCCAAGUCCGAGGCGGAGUCCAUUUCGCCGGAGAUCGAGCAGCAGCGGGCCAGCAGCAUUCUGAAGGACUCCAACUACAAGCGGGCGGCUCUCGCCCAGUUGGUGGUGGCCUCCAUGGAGCUGCUGCGCUCGCUGCCCGGCGAGGCCGAGGAGAAUCUCAAGCUGCUGAUGACGCCCACCAUACGGGAGGCCUUCCGGCUCGUCCAGCUGCAGGGCAACGAGCUGAAGGUCAACCAGUUUUAGGCAAUGCUUGUUGAGUUUUAUUUUGAUCUGUAGGCGCAGCUAAAACACCGGCCCCUACUUAGGAUCCAUUGAACAGAAUCCUGCUACCAGUUAUCCCAGUUCCAAUCCCCAGUCCUAGUCCCAGUUCCAAUCCCCAACCCAAUCCGAAUCCCAAUCCCUUUUGCCAAUGGCUAAACUACAGCUACGUCUGCAACACGAACUGCUCACGCCCUGUGCCACUCACGACUCUUUCUCUCACUCUCUCUCUCUGUGUGUAUCUUUAUCCGUAUCCGUAUCCGUAUCCGUAUCCGUAUCUAUGUGUCUCUCUGUAUCUAUUAUUCGCCCGCAGUUCCCUAGCACAGCAGGCAAAACCAUUUCAAAGUAAAAGCUCAACAUGUCAGCCAGCACAAAGCAAACAAAGCAAAACGAAACGAAAAGGAAGCAAAGGAAAAAAUAUCACAAAAGAUCACUUCUAAAGAAGAUGAAGCAGUAGAUGACUAGAAGAACUAGCGCUAAGCAGCAGCAGCCGCAGCAGCAGCAGUACGUCAAGAACGUGUGUAGUCCUGUAAAUUAUAUUUAGUCGAAAAACUCUUUCUCUCAACCUGAAACCCGUCCUGAAAGCACUUUCCCCUUGCUCCCCAAUAUACGUGUAUUGUAAAGAACUGUUAGCUAGCACUCUCCCCGCCCCGCCCAAACGGAUUCCCUUUCCCUAUAGCCACCCAAAGACAAAAUAUAAUCUAAUAUAUAAUAUAUGAUAUUUAUAAUAUGCAUUAAGAUUAUAGCAAAAACUGUAAACGUAUAUGUAAAACUUAUAGUGAAUGUUAACUAAAACAAAAUCAGUGCCGCCCAUUAAUCCACGAUUACCACCAUUAAUGAUUAGACAACAAAAAGUACAGCCUAAAACAUACGAUACAUACAUACAUAUAUGUAGAGACAUACGAUACAUACAUACAUGUAUAUGUGUGUACGAGUAGUCCCGUGCUGCCUUUCAAAACUUGCAUACCUAUGGGGUACCCGUGGGGUACCAAACCAACAAAGGAAAACCUAUAACCUCCUGCACUAUCCGAAGCUUAUUAGCCUCUAUCUAGCCUAUGUUUUCCGAAACUGCAAACGAACCCAACCCCAGAUCAGCUGAUCCCAAGUCUCCGCCCAAGUCUAGAGUCAGAAUCAGUCCCAAAUUACCUUUCAAAAGGAAACGCACUCCCACAGCCUGCGCUACAUUAUGCUAUAUAAAGAUCUAAAGAGUUAUAUGUCUAUAUAUACACACAUUACUUAUACAUAUGUAUUAUACAUAGUUGUACUCGAUGUUGUAAAUGUCUAAACGGAUAAAAACAGAAGCAUUUUUAUAUGUGAAAACUAUUAGCAACAGCGCUACAAAUCUAUACAUAUAGCAAACGUAUACAUAUAUACUAUAUACAUAAAUAUAUUUAUUUAUUUUCGCUUCGUGGUAUAUACACAUAACAAUAUACAUACAUGCAAACAUAUACUAUAU